AUGGCCUCCUCCGACGACUUCCUCCAGUGCGUGAGGGACAAGAUCCCCGGCGAGCUGGUGUACACGCAGUGCUCCAGCAACUUCGCCGGCGUGCUGCUCUACUACGCCGUCGCCAAGAACAACCCCCGCCUCGCGUUCCCGUCCGGCGAGUGCCCCACCAUCGGCGUGGGCGGCCAUUUCAGCGGCGGCGGCAUCGGCAUGAUGAUGCGCAAGUACGGGCUCUCCAUCGACAGGGUGGUGGACGCCAAGCUGGUGAACGCCAACGGGGAGCUCCUCGACAGGUCCGGCAUGGGGGAGGACCUCUUCUGGGCCAUCCGCGGCGGCGGCGGCGGGAACUUCGGCGUGGUGCUCUCGUGGAAGGCCGUGUUCCGGGCGCUGUACCUCGGCGAGUGCGGGUCGCUGGCCUCCACGAUGCGCGACCGCUUCCCGGAGCUGAACAUGACGAGCGCCGACUGCCAGCCCAUGACCUGGCUGCAGUCCGCGGCGCUGUCCUUCUUCAGCUUCACCAACAGCAAGCCGGUGGAGGACGUGCUGCUGCCGAGGCCGGCCAGCCCGACCACCUUCAGCAAGGGCAAGUCGGACUACGUCCGGCACGCCAUCCCCAAGGCGGUGUGGAAGGAGAUCUACGCCAGCUGGUUCACGAUGAAGGGCGCCGGGGUGAUCGUGCUGGAGCCCCACGGCGGGUUCAUGUGCGGCGUGCCCGAGGACGCCACCCCGUACCCGCACCGGCGGGGGGUGCUGUACGUGAUACAGUACAUCGCGUACUGGAUGAGCGCCGAUGGCGGGCCGGCGGCGACGAGCUGGCUGGACGGCUUCUACGGGUUCAUGGCGCACCACGUGACGAAGCACCCGCGGGAGGCGUACGUCAACUUCCGGGACCUGGACAUCGGGCAGAACGCGCUGGAGGACGACUUCGGCGCCGCCGAGAACGCCAGGUUCUGGGGCCAGCGCUACUUCCUCGGCAACUACGAGAGGCUCGCCAAGGUGAAGGCCGCCGCGGAUCCCACCAACUACUUCCGGAACGAGCAGAGCAUCCCGCCCAUGGCCAACCAGCCACGCGAGUGA